AUGCGCAUCUCCGUCAGGCUCGGCAUUUCGAUGCUGGCGGGGUAUGCCCUCGCCGCUGGGUCCAAGUUAUUCUUUUCGAACAACGGAACUGAAUUCGGCGGCGGAGCAAAGGGAACGGGUCAGACCAGCCAAGAGAAAUACGUCGACCCGCUCAUCGAUGCCUCCAAGUGCGAGCGCGAUAUUCCAUACCUGCAGAAGGUGCGCACCAACGUCAUCCGUACCUACGCCAUUGAUCCUUCCAAAGACCACGACGACUGCAUGAGCAAGCUCGCCGACGCCGGCAUCUACGUGAUUAGCGACUUGUCCUCGCCGGACAUCUCCAUCAAGGCUGAUGACCCCGUCUGGACAGUCAAUGAGUAUAAGCGGUACACUGCUGUAGUCGACUCGCUCCAGAAGUACGACAAUGUUAUCGGUUUCUUUGCAGGCAAUGAAGUCGUCAACCGUGCCAACCAGACCAACUCCGUUGCCUUCGUGAAGGCUGCCGCGCGCGACAUGAAGUCCUACAUCAAGAAGAAGGGUUACCGCAAGUCGCUCGGUAUCGGAUACGCUGCGACUGAUCAGAAGGAGAUCCGUCAGGGUAUGACCUCGUACCUUAACUGUGGUGAUGAUCUGGCUAGUGCGGUUGACUUCUACGGUUACAACAUCUACGAGUGGUGCGGUGACAAUACCUUUGAGAAUUCCGGCUACAAGGAGCGGACCGACCAGUACAAAAACUACUCGAUCCCCAUCUUCUUCUCCGAAUACGGAUGUGUCACCGGCGGAAAGCGCAGCUUCAGUGAUGUUCCCGUGCUGUACAGCAACAAGAUGAAUGAUGUCUGGAGUGGUGGCAUUGUUUACAUGUACUUUGACAGCGGCAAAGAUAAAUACGGCCUUGUCACUGUCUCCGGCAGUUCCGUCACUACUGCAUCCGACUUCAAAGAUCUAUCCACCAAAAUUGCAAGUGCUACUGUCACCGGUGUCAACAGCGCCAAUUACAAACCGACCAAGUCUCCCCAGUCCUGCCCGACCGUCGAUGAGACCUGGCUGGCCAAGGCAAGCCCCUUGCCGCCAACCCCUAACUCCGACCUUUGUGACUGCAUGGUCAAGAGCCUGGAUUGUGUUGUCAGCGAGGAUCUUGAUGAGAAGGAUUAUGGUGAGCUCUUCGGUCAGGUUUGCGGCUAUGGAAAAAACAUCUGCGAUGGCAUCGCCCACAAUGCGACCACUGGUGAAUACGGUGCUUAUAGUGUUUGCAACAGUAAGGACCAGCUGUCCCAGGCCCUCAAUAGCUACUACCUGAGCCAAAACAAGGUCUCCUCUGCCUGCGACUUUAAGGGCAAGGCGAAGACUCAGUCUUCGAGUGGAUCCUCGGAUAGUUGCAAGUCGUUAAUCAGCCAGGCUGGUGGCACGGCUGGGACUGGGACUGUGACGGGUGGUACAGCUGCAGCGACUUCGACUUCCAAGGGAGCCGCGGGUCAUGUGGCCUCGCCUACGCCGGUGCAUGUGAAUGGAUGGCUUAGCUUCGGUCUUCUCGUCGCGGCGGCCAUGGUCGGUUCUUUGAUGCUUGUUCUUUGA